CUGUCAUUGAAGCCACGAUGAAUGCACAGGGACCAACUGUUCCACCCGUCUUACUCCCCGAAAUUCUCGAGUUUUCUCCCCAAUUACUACUCGACGACAUUAUCAACUUCGCUAAUGAAGCUAUUACGAAUGCCGUAGACGGUCUGGAGGAGUUCCUCUUUCGUUGGGCAGCGGACCGUGAAGCGAGGGUCCGUGACGACUGGGACAGCACUCAGGAAGUGGAACAGGGUCUCGUCGCGUUUCAGACGCUCCUGGAGUACCAUACAGACAUUGCGUUCGAUUUCUUCGAGACGUGGUCUCUCCGCAAUAUCUUUGCUAUCCCAGCAGACCUUCCAAUUGUCGUGCCCCACCAAGAAGGGCUGGACUUGGACUACCCCGCUGAGCUAGAGACGGAACUCAUGGCAGAAGUACAGAGUUUGCGUAAGAAGAUAGAUGCUCAACGGCGGCUGAAGCGCCUUCUGACGCGCUCUGCAAGACUAUCCGCAGCCAAGGCACGCCAAAGUGAAAAGAAGUUAUCAGAUCUGUCGUUUCUGCAGGAUCCACUACUGCUUGAACUAGGCCAGAUUGCCGACCGUUUUGAAUCCAUGUUCACCGCAGCGUCAUCGCUGCCACCUCUCACUCCCGAAUCUACGGCGGCACUGACACAACUGCCUCUUCCUGACCCAGGAAAGAGACCUUGGGAAUUAAGCAGGGCUGGAUACAUGGACUGGGCAACAAAACAGCUGUUGGCCAAAGUCAAGCAACGGAGCCCAGACGUAGGAAACUCCGUUACCGGGUCCAUAACUGCCCUCAUCGAUAACAUCGGAACGGCCCAACGCCUCGAAGUUAUUGCGAAAUACGAAUCUGUUAGAUCGUCUAAGGAAACUCGACAACACCCCGCCCCUCCAAAUGACGUUGAGAUGAAUGAUUUGGAUUAGUAAGGGCAUUUAUGUGUUCUGUAUUUUUUGUAUAGUUUCAAUGAUUGGUAUUGUCCUGCGUUUGUAGUAAGUGUGGCACUUGUCAAAGAAGACGAAAAACGUUCCUGGAUUGGAUAGUCAACAUCCAUAGGAUCGAGUCGAUCCUCAGGAGGUCGCAAGAGAACCUCUUGACGGCACACUAGGCAGAAUCAUAACGAGGUGAGAUGCAUGACUAGG